UCAUUAGCCUUAUGCAGCUCUCAAAGCUAGAGAAUAUCUUGAUAAGCCUGCAAUACAUGAGACAAUGGUGAAGGUUAGCGCUUAUCUGCUUGGAGAAUACAGCCAUCUUUUGGCCAGACGACCUGGGUGUAGCCCAAAGGACAUUUUUGUCAUUAUACAUGAGAAGCUUCCUACUGUAUCGACUCCAACAAUAUCCAUUCUUCUCUCAACAUACGCAAAGAUUUUGAUGCACUCUCAACCACCAGAUCCCGAAUUACAAAACCAGAUCUGGGCAAUAUUCAGCAAAUAUGAAACAUGCAUUGAUACUGAGAUACAACAAAGAGCUGUGGAGUAUUUUGCAUUGAGUAGGAAAGGUGAAGCCCUGAUGGAUAUAUUAGCAGAAAUGCCAAAGUUCCCUGAACGUGAGUCUUCAUUGAUCAAGAAAGCAGAAGACACUGAAGUUGAUACUGCAGAGCUAAGUGCUAUCAAGUCACACACACAACAGCAGGCUUCUAAUGCUUUAGUGGUGACAUCUGAGCGCGAACCUCCCCAACUUGGUAUGGUCAAAAUCCCCAGCGUUGACCAUAACUCUGUGAGCGUUGACCAAGAGUUGACUCAAGCUAAUGGAAUUUCACAUGAAGUUGACCACCCUCAACCUGAUAUUCUUGGAGAUCUUUUAAGCCCACUGGCUAUUGAAGCACCUCCUCCUCCUGUAAGUGAAGAUGAUGCAUUAGCUCUUGCACCUAUUGAAGAGCAAGAUAAUAUUGUAAAGGUAUUACUGUCUGCCACAUGUCCUAUCCUCAUUGGCUAUAAAUAUCAUUUAUUUCUUUAUAUUAUUUUAACUUUCUGUUGA